ACAACACCCGGCUGGGAUCAGCGCGGGCGAAGUUAGACCUUCUCGGGCAAGUGUCGGCUGGCGAGGGCUACGGACCUCUGCCGGCCCCUGGGACAAUGUCCGUGUUUCACGACGAAGUAGAGAUCGAGGACUUCCAAUAUGACGAAGACUCGGAGGCAUAUUUUUACCCCUGCCCGUGUGGGGAUAACUUCUGCAUUACCAAGGAAGAUUUGGAGAAUGGGGAAGACGUGGCAACCUGUCCUAGCUGCUCUCUUAUUAUAAAAGUGAUUUAUGACAAGGAUCAAUUUAUGUGUGGAGAAACAGUGUCACCCCCUUCCACCCACAAGGAAUUAGUUAAAUGCUAAAGAGGACUUUAGGAAUCUACAUCCUGAACAUUUGGGAAUGAGCCAAGCUGGAAAAAUCAAAUGCAAAGUCACCGGCUUCCUUCAUGGGAACAACUUCCAUAGUUGGCUGUGCCAUUAGCGUGUGGCUCCUUAACAUUGGCUGCUGAGUUCAUCUCCAAUUAAAGAAGCAAGUCCAUGACA